AUUCCAUACUGGCAAAAUGUCAACAUGUGGCACAAGCAAGCCGGCGCUGUCUUUCAACAUAUUUGCAAAAUGUGAAAAGUCAAAGGCACGGACAAGCAUAAUGAGUUUACCACACUAUGACGUUGAAACACCAGUCUUUAUGCCGGUCGGAACGCAGGGCACACUGAAAGGAUUGCUUCCAGACCAGCUGGAAAAGCUUGAUUGCCAGAUUAUUCUUGGAAAUACUUACCAUCUUGGUACAAGACCGGGUCCAGAUAUUAUUAAAAAAGCAGGAGGCCUGCAUAAAUUUAUGGGCUGGAAGAGGGCCUUGUUGACAGAUUCUGGUGGAUUCCAGAUGGUCUCACUGUUGAAACUUGCUGAAAUAACUGAAGAAGGCGUAAAAUUCAGGUCUCCAUACAAUGACUCGGAAGUUAUGCUCUCACCAGAGAAUUCCAUUCACAUACAAAAUGCAAUUGGAGCUGAUAUCAUUAUGCAGUUGGAUGACGUUGUGAAGACAACAACAACUGGACCUCGUGUAGAAGAAGCUAUGCAUCGGACUACAAGAUGGCUUGAUAGAUGUCUGAAAGCUCAUAAAAAUCCAGAAAGCCAAAAUAUAUUUCCGAUUGUACAGGGUGGUUUGGAUCCUGAUCUGCGCAGUGAAAGUGCUAAGCAGCUCAUCCAACGUGAUGUUCGUGGAUUUGCAGUUGGAGGUUUAAGUGGAGGUGAAAGUAAGGAUGAAUUUUGGAAUAUGGUUCAUUUGUCAACAAACAUACUACCUGAAGAUAAGCCUCGGUAUUUGAUGGGUGUUGGAUUUGCUACAGAUCUUGUAAUUUGCUGUGCGCUUGGCAUAGAUAUGUUUGAUUGUGUGUUUCCAACAAGAACUGCAAGAUUUGGAUGUGCUCUUGUGAACACUGGGCAGCUGAACUUGAAACAGAAGAACUACAAAACUGAUUACAGACCUAUAGAUGAAAACUGCAACUGUUCAACAUGUCAACGAUAUUCUAGAGCAUACCUUCAUUCCAUUGUUACUGUUGAGACAGUUGCUUGCCACCUCCUUACAGUGCAUAAUAUUUGCUUUCAAAUGCAAUUAAUGAAGUCAAUUAGAGAAAGUAUAAAAGAAAAGAAAUUCCCAUUGUUUGUGAAGAACUUCUUCAAGACACUAUAUCCAUCUGGGACUUACCCAAAAUGGAUAACAGAUGCUCUUUCAGCUGUUAACAUAGAGCUUGACUGAAAUGUGCUGAUUUAAUGUCGACAUUCUCAGGAUUAACGGAUAUUAAAAAAAGAAAAGAGACAGAAAUUUCAUCUCAAAAUGUAAGAGAUAGGUACAGUCAUUGAUUAAUUUAUGACUCAGUAAAUACAUAUUUUACUAUGAAACCCUGCCCACUUUGUGUAUUUUAUUAUUAUUGCUCACUAGACUCAAGCGUGUAAUAUUCAAGGUAUAAACAUCUCAGCAAACAGAAUUAACCUUGUGACUGGAGCAAACAGCUCCAGCUGCCUUGUGCUGGGGCUCUCCAUUUGCAUUUGACAGCUGUAAAAUUUUUGAAAUUGAAAUUUGUUUUUCACUUAGGUGCAGUGUACUUUAGUGCUUUUGCUAUCGUAGCACUACUAACAGAUUCUCACCCAACUAUGUUUCUGGGAUUUGAACCACUUCGGUGGCAGGUUACCAUCUGACUCAUUACACAAUCUUUUGCUGUAAACCAAAAAGGUGAUGUUUCAAAAAUGCAUGUCCUUCAGCAAAUAA